GCGGCGCGGCCUGUGCCACUAUGGCUUUUGUUCCCGCGUCUCGGCGCUGAGCUGCCCGCUCGCAGCAGCAGCAGCAGCCGCCUCCUCCUCCUCGUCGUCGCCGCUCCUCGCUGCUCGCUGUCGUUCUCGGCCGUCUUGGGUUCAACAUCUGUGUGAGCGGCGCGGACUGCAGCAUGCUGACGGCGCUGGGCGGGAGAUGGCCGCUCCAAGACCACAGCGCCUGACGCGCUCCACCGCCAGCGGCGGCGGCGCCAACGGCCUCGACGACAAUUUCUGCGGCCGCAGCCUCCGCAACCGCACCGUCAGCUUCCCUCCCCCGGUCCCACCGGUGCCCCCCUCGGUGCCCACGCCGCCCGUACCGGUCUUCGCGCCGCCGGCCCCCGCGCCGCCUCCCCCCGGCGAGGACGAGGCCUCUCAGGCGUCCAGGACGACGCAGGCCGCCGCGGCGGGGCCGCCGCCGCCGGCGCCACCGCCAACGCGGUGCAGGCCCGAGUCUGGGGUGGCGCCAGCGGCCACGGGGCCCGGACCGGCAGCCGGAGCCGGAGGCGGAGCGGCCGGGGGGCGCGACGGCUCGUGCUGGACCCCCGGGACGCGCAAGCGCACGCCUUCCUCCAAGGACACGGAACUGUCGCCCUCCUCGGCUGCCGUGGUGGCGGUGGCGGCGGCGGCGGCCGUGCCUCCGCCGGUGCCCAAGCGAGCCAAGCGCUGCUCUCGUUCGGAGACCAUUGAGCCGACGAGUGGGGACAGGAAGAAGGAGGCGCUGCCGAUUACCCCCGGUGUGUGCAGCGGCGGAAAAAACGCUGGAACAACUGAGAAUUCCAUCCAGGAUUGCGCCAAUGAUGAUGAUGAUGACGACGAAGGCAGUGGUGGUGGUAACAAAUGCGAGGCACAGGACAAUCUGCUGGUCCGCUUGGACAACGGUGGCCUGGACGCUGUGGAAAAGGCCAGCGCCACCCCCAUUGCCAGCGCCGACAACGCGGAGACCACGAACGGAUGCGAUAGCGACGCGCGGGGCGCGGUCUUGGUGACGGGCGAGCUGGUGUCCGAGUUGAGCGAGCUCGCGAACGGAGGAGCCAGCAUUUGCGCCGAGCCCACACCACACCUCGCGCCCCCCUGUGCCGCGUCACCACCGGUGGGGCUGUGCGUGGAGGAGGCUCGCACAGCUGGUACAAGUGCCACGACGGCGCACCAGCCCCACGGUGUGAAAGCACCAGCCCCGGACCAUGUGGGCGCGGUCACGGAGGGAUGCCCAAGCUCUCCUGACCGACAACAGCAGCAGCAGUGUAAAGCACCUGGAGUCACCGUGGUUGCAUCUCCCGCUACCACCGCCGCCCCACCGGUAGCUCCCAAAACGCCGCUGAGGACUUCGCCGCGAAAGGGCAAAGGUCGGCACGCGGGCCAGGCGGCUGCGGCGGCAGACAGUGUGGCCGGAGCAUCGCCCGGCCCUACCGAGAUGCCGCAGAAGGCGGAGGCGGUGAGCGAGGCGACUUGUGCGAUGGUGGCGCAAGCAGAGGCCUGCGAGAAAGCGAGCAAAGUGCAGCCGGCGCCAGAGGUAGAGGAACCGGAGGAGGAGCAGGAGGAAGAGGAGGAGGAUCCAGAUGUGUAUUACUUCGAGUCGGAUCACGUGGCCUUAAAACACAACAAGGACUACCAGCGGCUGCUACAAACCAUCGUGGUGCUGGAGGCCCAGCGAGCGCAGGCCAUCCGCGACGUGGACAGCAUGACAGCACAGCAGCGUGCCGCGCUAGCUGACCCCAUCACCUUCGUGCAGCAGAUACAGAACAAGGAACCUCUGGGCUUGCCAACACCACAGAGGGUGGUGCAGCUGCCUCCGCUGGCGUGGGACCAUUACACGUCGGGGGUCGCCGCCUUCCCCAUGGAGGAGGCCUCCGGCAAGAGGCACUGCACACGCAGACUCAAGCUCAGCUUCGACAAAGGCUACCCAAUACGUCCGGCAAGUCCUCUCGACGUUUCCAAACGGAAAGCGUGCAUCGAGGGCCCACGGGAGGCCGAGGGCGAGUCUCAGGGCGUGCCGAAGUUGUUCCCGCCCCUCGCCGAGGCCGCCAGCUCCUCGGCCGCUCUUCCCCCUAACAGCAACAACAACGGUGGCGGCAGCAGCGGCAGCAACAACGUCAACAACAUUUGCAGCAACAACAGCAACAGUGGCAGCAACAGUGGCAGCGAGUGCAGUCUGGGGGGUGACGGGCUGACGCCGGGGUCAUCGCACAUGGGGCUCGUGGUACGGGGACGUCUGUGCGAGGGCCAAAAGCCUGAGACGUUCAACCAGCUGUGGACGGUGGAGGAGCAGAAGCGGCUCGAGGAGCUGCUGGUGCAGCACCCGCCCGAGGAAGUGGAGGCUCGGCGCUGGCAGAAGAUCGCCACCGCCCUUGGCAACCGCACACCCAAGCAGGUGGCCAGCAGAGUGCAGAAGUACUUUAUCAAGCUGGCUAAGGCCGGCCUGCCCGUGCCCGGGCGCACUCCCAACCUCUUCAUGUACACCAAGAAGCAGCAGGGCCCCAGCCGCCGCCACCACCCGCUCAACCGCCACCUCCUCAGGCCGUCGACAUUCAUGAGCUCCCACCACCCGCCCGUCUACAUGGAGGAGGAGGAGGACGAGGAGGGUGACGAGGGCUGCAUGCACGGCCUCGUGGGAGGCCGCAUGGGGGCGGCCGUGGACGACGACUCGUCGGAUGAGGAGGGAAUCCCGCCGGCGCUCAGGCUCACGCCCGAGUACCAGGAGCUGGUGCAGCUGAAGCGCCUGCGCAGGCAGAGGCUGGAGGCGAUGCAAGCGCAGAGCGCGUACGUGCAGCACCACGGAUACAAGUGCGACGCGUGCGGUGCGGAGCCCAUCCAGGGCGUGCGGUGGCGCUGCAGCGAGUGCCCCGCCGAUCGCACCAUCGACUUCUGCGACUCCUGCGCCGACUGCCUGUACGAGACGGACUCGCACAAGGCGGCGCACAGGCUGGAGCCCGUGUACCGCGCCGAGUGCGGCCUCCUGGACCGAGACUACUGCAUGGCGGAGAGCGGCAGCUACAACUAUUUGGACCCCAACUACUACCCGGCCAACAGGUGAAGGGGGACGGCCACGCCCCUCCCAAGCCACCUCCCCCACAAACGCUGGAGGUCACCACCCCACGGCCCCCCCACCCCGCCCGACCUGCGGAGAGCGAGCCGCCGUGAGCCGACUCGAACUCCGACCGGGACUUUAGCUCCUCCCACCUCUGGCGUCAGCUGUUCCGCAACGCCUGCGCGGCCGUCGCCGCGGUCGCGGUUGUUGCGGUCGCGGCGGCGGUUGUGGUUGGCGGUGGGUCGAUGUUCUCGGCCAGCGUUGACCAGACUCUGGACGCCCAUCUGGGACUCGCGCUCCGCGUGGUUUCGCCCAUUUCCAGCGACCGCGCAGCCGUCACUCCGGUCGUGGCGGUGGCGGCCGCGCCGGACAGAAGUGGCCGUGGUUGAGGGAUGCCGAGCACAAACCUCGGUGUUCACUCCGAAAGUGGCGAGCGGGCGGGCCGGCGAGCGGGUGGGCGGGCGGGCAGGCGUGUGGGCACUUGUGUGGGCGCAUGGGCGAGUGUGUGGAGUUCGUUUUUUUCAUGGGGACUCAAGUGUGUGUGAGUGCGUGAGUGUGAAUGGAGGGAAAAUCUUUACGUGUGGACGUGUCUUGGUGUGUUGUGGUGUGUGUAUGUAUAUAUUCAGUGUGUGUUACGGAGUGUAUGUAUGGGUGUGCGUUGUUGUUGUCUGUAUGUGUGUGUGUGUGUACAUAGCGUUUGAGUGGGGGUGUGUGUAUUUGUGCGUGUGUACGAGUGAUCGGUGUGCUGUACCGUGCGUGUGUAUAUAGCGUGUACGAGAGGGCUGUGUGAGUGGGCGCGCGUGUGUGUGUGUGUUUUGUUACUCUACUCCAUGACCGAGAGGCUACUCGGAAGCCUUUGGCAGUAAACUUGUGUUCCGAUUGUACCUUUUAUACGACGCAGACAUUCCUUUGCUGUGGGCUUUGUGUGUUCCUCUCCUCGGUCUCGCUGCCUCGACGGGCGAUUUCACAUUUCGUUUCACGUCAUUUCCGAUCUCCUUCGCUCUCAGUGUUGUCAAACGAGGUGUUACGGCCGGUGAUGACUACGACACUUCCCCCGUCUCUCUUUCGCUUCAUGCGCUCUCUUCGCUCAUCCCACGCGCUGCAUUACUCCCCAAUUACCCCUGUACGUUCGCUCCCCCCGCCCGCUCCCAAGCUCCCCCCCCUCUCCUGCAUCUGCCCAGCAGUGUUUUCGUAUCGUCUAAAACAUUUCACUCGCCGUCACAUUCGCAACUUGUGUACCCAUUUUCCACCGGCGCGUCGGAGCCGAGCCAGCGCGGGGGACCCUUGCUUCACGGGGUGUUGACCGCUGGCUUCGUGCCGUGCUGAGCCGAGCCAGAACGCUGGCCUCACAAGACAUCUGAAUGUGGCCAAGUAGGGCCAGCGAUGAUGAUGAUGCGUCCGUUGUACGCGACAUCGGUCAGUUCGUUUUGAGCGUGGUGUCACCGUGCCGUCUAGACGAAACUGUAAUCGUUUAUCGGCACGUGACGUUCGCGGCACGGCUCGAAAAACAACCUGGCACCCUCCUGAGCCGCCCAGGACUGGCUCGGUACGGCCACGGCACGGCUCGGAUGUGCUGUGGAAAAAAAGCGGUGUUAUUACGGAGAAGGUAAAAAUCUGUAGAAGGAACUGCUUCCUUCGGGUGACGCCUUCAGGCUCCGGUCGGAAGGAACGCGAUGCACGACAGACGUGGUUAAAUUACAUUCCUCGGCCACUGCGCGCAACCCUCGGUAUUGUCCAAAAUCUACAAAUAAUCGAGGUUUCUUCAAGGAAGACUCGGCCCAAAACAGCUUUUGUAGACCUUUGCCCUGUGUCCCGGGCUGACCGACACGAGUUCUAAUGUUCACUCACGAGAACAACUUUAAAUCGACUUUUAGGAGUGCCACCAUAGUAGCAUCCUAUUGCCGCCACUGCUGUGAUUCAGCCCAUCAGCCCUCUUGGGGACUACCGCUUUGUGGGCAAGCCGACGGUGUUUGUCCUAUGGAUAGACUCGCCCCCACCAUAUGAACCUGGAAUUUCCAUUGCUCGCUUGGCUGCAAACAGAAUACGAGUUCCAUCUCAAUGCUCAUUUGAGCAGGAAAUCACUGCGACGUUUCAUUUGCCCGCAGUGAACUAUUGUACUGAAACAGCGACGUCACCGGAAGCCCAUCUAAAAGUCACUUUAAAGUUUCCUUCUCGCUAACGAACCCUCGGACUUGCGGCGGACAUGCACGGGCACACGCCCGCGGCACGUGCCUGCACGCUAGCCACCGUGUUCGCUUUGGGCUGCGGCUCCCGCUGACGAUCCUUUCUCAGCAGCUGCCCCCUCGGUUGCCCGGGGCGCUUGCCCCAAAACACUUGGAAGGGGUUCGGCUGCCUUAGGAGCUUCAGCGCCGCCGAGUCGUGCGUCCCACGUGGGUUCUCACCAUCGCCACAACAACAGGCGGCUACUGCUGCUGUUGCCGCCAGUCUUCGGGUAUUUUUAUUAAUAACCCGCGGUUGUGAUCAGUCCAGACUCUGGGUUAAUGAGUUUUGUCACGUGCGUAUGUGUGCGCGAAGUUCUUUGAAGGUGCCAUGGCUUUAGUUUGUUUUUUUGCCAGCCACACUUUGUGCAGUUGCGCACUGUUUAUUUAAAACAAAGUAUAAAUUGAAAUUAAAGUAUAUUGAAAAAGUUAAUAUGAAUAACAUCUUAAGAGUUUGAAAUUGUACAUAGAACCUUUGUAUGAAAACUGACCGUGUCCCUCCGCUUAGCGGAGUCUCUGUGAGUUUCCGGCGCACAUCCCAGCCAGCCACCCCUCCUCCCCCCCCUUCCUAACCCAACCUAAUUAAAAAAAAGAUUUUAAAACGUGUUAAAGAGGGAGAGCGAGCGGCGAGGAGCUCACGAGUCCAUGGGUGGCUGCCCCGGUGCCACCCGGUACGCGAUGGGCUGCCCGCCUUCGACGGUGGGCGGCGCUGCGGUGCCAAAUACCGCUGCUCUGAAGCAUACCGUUACAGCCAAUCGGGUGCCCCGAUCCCUUUCUUCCCAUAUGGUUACCAGCUACGCCCAUGAGCCUGCCCCAUCAAUGCUGCUACUGAUCUGCGUUGGGGUUCCUCGCGGCUGGCACAGCCGCGUGGCUCCUCCCCCAGCGUGCGCUCGGGUUUUAGCGAUGACGCCCGACGUUUCGCCCCCGCGUGCCGGGGGAGCUUCUUCAGGCGGGCAAACAGGCACGUGGGGCGAAACGUCUGACGUCGCGCCGAACAACGCGUGGUACGACCAGAAAACGCAUUAGGACAGCCGCGCUAUUCUCCGGGGCGACAAUCAUGGAGUCAUUCCUACUGCGUUUUUUCCUUCAAAGAAAAGAAAGACCAUACUUCAGCCAAUCGGCUUCUGCUAACACUAACUGUACUGGCCACCUUUGCCCAUAUAUAGUUAUACCAUGCCGCCCUCGUCACGCCCCCCUCGGCCACAGCGAGUUCCGAUUGGCCGCGACUUUGUUUUUGAGAGGUGGCAGCGGCGUUUGUGACUGGCAGAGCUUCCUCUCGCGAGUUGCGUUCAUUAAUCGUAGCGACCAUAGCGACGUUUGUACAGCACUAGACAUGUUUAUAUUGUCACGUGUAAAAUAAAAAAAAUCUGAAAUAAAGAAAACAUUUCAGCGCCUGAGCGUUAAAGGAAA